AUGGCCGAAAUCAUCGGUACAGCUGCCAGCGUAAUUCAAGUCGCCGAAGCAGGCUUCUCUCUUGCGACGACACUGUACAACUACUCCAAGUCCGUUAAAAGCGCAGAAAAAGAUAUCAAGAAAAUCGCCAGAGAUGUGAAGCUUACAGCGAAGGUCUUGCAGCGAACGCACGAGCAGCUGAAGGCUGAUGUCUUAGGGAAGAGCUGUACUCACGAAGCUAUCCAUGACCUCGAAGAGGUUCUGGAUGGAUGUAGAGAGGCUUUCCAGGAAGUCGAUGAUGCGUUGAUGAAAUCAAUGAGACCUGGAGCAAAUGGAAAAUUUACAAUGUCCAUGACGGAAAAGCUGAAGUGGCCUCUACGAAGCAGCAAAUUGGAGGUACUUCGAGCAAACUUAGAGAAACUGAAGAGUACACUCCUGCUUAUGCUGAGUGUGCUCGCAUAUGGUGCCAAAGCUUCUCAAGCGGCAGUGGCCGCCAGUAUGAAAGUUCAAGUGGAGCUCACGCUAGACAAACUGCAAGUCGAGAGUUUGAUUGAAGCGAAAAAUGGUGCUGAAGAGAGGUACGAGGAGUUGAGAAGGAAGUUUGAGGAGUUGGAAAUGAAAGCUGGCGCAAAUGCCCGCGAAACUGAUGACAUUGAAGCGACAGCUGAAGGAGCAAGUGCGAACAUUGCAGUAGCUCUGCCUGGCGCCGACGCUCCUCACAACGAGAUGGACCCCACAGAAAUCACCAACCCCAGCGACAGCCUGGCAACCGCACUACAACGUUGCGCCACAACAGUCAGCUUUUUAGCAAUCUGCAUCGACUCUUCAGCCGAGAAAUGGCGGACCACGCGGUCUUUUCACCCUCAGUCCAUCAAUUUCAAUCUCCACGAAGCCGUCGAAGCGAUCCGCGAACUCAACGAUGAAGCUGCUUCGCAGACCAACAAGUUACACAAAUCUCGAGAGUUGCGAUCCAAACCACGUCAUCCUGCUCAGAGCCGCGAAACAUCGCAGCGAAACAGGGAAACAGACUCUCAUCUCUCAGAAACGUGCAGAGCUCAAAGUCAUGAGCUACGCCGUAUUCCCUUCGAUACUCGUCUCGCAAGGCCGGCCCAAGAUCCCGCGCUAACCGAAUGGCACACACAGCCAUUCAAUCCAGCAAUCUGGACAAGCCCGAAGGAAAAUUUGGAUUAUCCCGAUUUUAGUCCUCAGCCGUCGCGAACUCCUCGAGAACCUUUCGAUCUGCUAACCACAACAUAUGAAGCCCAUACCAGACCCUUGACCUCUCAUAUUUCUCCUGUGCGAGAGAGUGAGCUCGUUGAUCUUGGGAAUCAGUUUUCUGCCCCACUGGUGAAAGAGGAAUGGGCCAAUGAUACUGGAGUUGAGGAAGAACUACUCGCUGACGAUGAUGGCCUGGAUCUGGACCUCGGCGCCGAAGAAGAACUCGAGCCCGUAGAAUGCGAGGAAGAGGAAGCCGAAGAGGAACAAGAAGAAGGAGAAGAGGACCUCGAGCCCGAAGACGCAGUGGAACAGCUAUUGCAACGGUGGACGGGCUUGGUGGGCGUGUGAAGGACGCCGCCCUUUCAGCAACGACGAUAGGCAUAACGAAGGAGGAGACUCUGUUGAUACUAUGAGCGUCUACUUCAGAACGCCACAGGCAGACAUAGCCCCACAGCUUCGUUCCGGCCGAUUCGUGUAAUUGGAAGCGAGAAAAAGGUGGAAGCGAAUCCAGUGUUGGGCAAGAGUGCGGGAGAGGAGAUUUACUCGACGGGCGAGCAGACGGCCGGCUACAUCAAUCAUCAUACCGCAGGAGUCAGGCAACGAAACCCAGAUGACGAAACAUCAGCUGGAACUACGAGAGGACAUGAUAAAGAUAUCUCAUUCAUUCAUGCUACAGUCGAACCUAGAGGCAAUGCAUGCACCAAA